CACUACAGCUAUGGUUUUGUCGUUUUGCUCUGUUGAUGAGAUUAAGACUGUAUGAACCAUUAGAUUCUGAGAUGAGAGCUUUUAACUCCAUGGAUUCUCCAGAUUUAUAUUUUGAAUUUUAUCCACAAGUUUAUCCUGGUAGAAGAGGAUCAAUGGUGUCAUUUGGUUUAAGAAUACUUCAUGCAGAGUUACCACAUUUUAUGGGUCGACAUCAGGAAUCACUUGAUAAAUUAUAUUACAUUUUAGCUGUUACGUCUAAGAUUGUGAAGAAUUUAGAAGCAGGUCUAUCAGAAGAUGGCGCUGGUAUUGAAUUAAAACCAGAAAGUCGAGCAGUUUCUCUAAAGUUAUGGUCUAACCGUGAAACUCAAGUCCAAUAUAAAAUAGCUUCAGUUUUACUCUCAAUGAAGGAUUAUGAAGCUGCUAUUAGUAUAUUUGAAAUGUUAGCAGAAAAAGAAACCGAGAACAAGAUAAAUCUGAUGAGUGGAAUUGGUAGAAUAUAUUUACAGAUGGGGAAUAUCAGUAAAGCAACAGAUGCCUUUAAACAAGUAGAAAAUGAAACAACAAAAGGAGGAAAUGCUGCUAUGAAUUCAAUAAAUAAGGGGUUUCUUGCAAUGUGUGUAAAUAAUUUUUCUGAUGCUUAUGAACAUUUUAAAUCAGCUGUAAAUUUAGAACCAAGUAAUACUUGUGCUGUCAACAAUAUGGCUGUAUGUUCUUUGUAUAUGUGUCGAUUAAAAGAUGCAUUAAAUACUCUAGAAGCUCUGGUACAUAAAGAUCCUGGUCAUAAUUUACAUGAAGGUGUUUUAUUUAAUCUUUGUACUUUAUAUGAAUUAGAAUCAUCCAGAGCUUUACAUAAGAAACAAGCAGUAUUAGAUAUGGUAAAUAAACAUAAAGGGGAUGGCUUUCCUGUUGUAUGUUUGAAGAUGUCUUGAUGUGAAAAUAUUGUUUGAACAUUGAUAUGGCUAAAAUUUAUGAUUCAUCAUACUGUAGGACUAAUGUAAUGGCAAAGUAAAAUAUAAGUUUAUUGUGAUAUUUGAAAUAGUUUGCUACUCCAUAAAAACAAUAUACUGUACAGUAGAAUCUGUAUUCAGCAGCCACUCAAGUGAAUUUCAUGACUGACCUCUUAAUGGGAGUGACCUCUUUUUAUAAAAUCUCAGUCUUUGUAAGUGCUGAUAUUAAGUACAUUUUUACGCAUUGAUACAUCCAAAGCAAACAUCGAUGCAUGCAUCGGUAAAUCUGGAUGUCCCCCGAAACUGGCUAUUGGGAUGAAAAUUCUUCGACUCAAAUCACCAAUAUCAAUUCUAUAAACAUAUCAUUUUGUACCCACAUUAAUACUAGUGCCUAUCUUUAUUAUGUAUUCAAUAAUAUUUAUCCCUUUUGUGAAGAAAAUUCAUGAAUGAUUUUUUUAUUAUAUCAAAAUAGCACAUGUCAAAAAAAACUAUCACAGAAUAUUCCAAGUGAUUUUCAGGGAAUGUAGCUCUGUAGUAUCAUAUAUGGGGUACUACUUGUUUAAGCAACACGGCAGCAAUAGUUACUAGAUGAUCGUAACAAAAUUUAGCUUUGACACUACAACAGUGGAGUAGGAAUGGCUGCUCGUACAAAUUCUACUGUACCCACAAUACAGUAAUUAUACAUUAAAUAAAGUGAUAAAAACUAUCAAGACUUGAUUGCGGACCAGCCAAACCAUUUUUCUUCAAACUUUCUCCCAGUUAAUAACUCGGCCUUUAAAGAAAAUACAUAAUAUAAUAUAUUUUAGAAUCAAUCAUCUCAUCAAGCAAACUGAAUGUUUUAUAAUAUGGUAAACAAAUUAGUCUUGGUCCCUCCAGUUCCUAUUUUCUCAGAGGAAUGGAGUUUAGCAUUCUACACAGAAGAAUUUUGCAUGGACAAAUAAAUCAUAAAACAUACAGAAAUCUCCCUAUCGCCUUUCACAAUUAAUUAACCUGUUUUUUUUCCAAGUCCAAUAUUCAAUUUCACAAACCUGUUCACAAUAUAAUUAUCAUUUCACUGUAUACGGUACAAACAUAAAUUUGGUCUAAUAAAUUUAAAUGGUGUCAAACUACCAAGAAGUUGUAUUUAACUUUCCACUUUUUGUUAUAGCAUGCAUAUUAUGUUAUUGUGAUUUACUGACUAUGUUGUGCAAUAUUUUGUAUAUUUGAAGUACAUGUAUGUAUAAAGUAAAAUAAAUAUAUAAACUUACACAUGUUUGUGAUGAUGUAUCAUUGUCUUCUGAAUCAUCUUGUUUUAUCUCAAACAUCCACUAUAGAAAUGUAAAUAAAUCUCUCAUAAACACUAGAAUCAACUGGUAUUAAAAUGUUUGUUUAGUAUAAGGGGGAUGAAUGACCGCCACCUGAUUGAAUUAUUGCUAAUUGUAAAAAAUCUUUUUAUGUUUACCAAUCUGAUAACAUACUGAAAUGGUUACAUCUGUUCAUUAAAUAAAUGAUCCAUAUUAAUUUUACGGUGUUGGGUGUUUUACAUCCACUCCCACAGAUGUGAUAUUAAGUAUAUGUAUUACUAACUGCUUUUAUAGUUGUUAUAGUCUCUUCAUUUACUCCUAGUUUAUCUAAAUCUACUUCUAUCUGUAAAAGAUUGGUAGUCAUAUGUUAAUUAUAGACAAUGUAAAGGAGGUGACUGAAUUUUGAAAUUUAUUUACAGGAACAUUAAUAACAUACCUGAUCUAAUAUUUUGGAAUUUUUCUUUUUAACAAUAUCACAUGACUGAUUAUGCAGUGCUCUUCUUAAUAACCUAUCAAAAUAAUAAUCUAAUAAAUAAGGUACAUCCUAUAGACAGUGCUGCAUCAACUGUCCAAUACAAUCACAUAAAACAGAUAAUUCAAAAUGUGAAAGUUAUUGGCAGAGCUUGUUACAACAACCAGAAUAAUGUGAGUAUCAAGGAAUACAGAACUGUCAGAUAUGUAAACUCCCAGAGGUCAUCUCUCUCACAGAUUAACUUGAGUGAUGCAUGUUUUGGGAAGAGUAAGGAUAAUCUGCCCUGAGAACAAUGCCUGUCAUGAGUCGUGGUUGUAGUACUAGUGAAGACAGCUAAAGUUUUCUGGAGGCAACAAUGCUCCAUUAAAAGAAGAUGCUUAAAAUUUGAUUAAAUUUCUUUGUGAGUUAAACAGUAUUGCAAACAUAAUGUUAAUUUCAAGAUUAAUUAUUGUGUAUUGGCAAAAGAGACCUUAUUCUGGGAAAAAAAUAAUGAAUAUCAGUAUUCUAUAUAAAGUAGAAAUAUUAUUUUUGGAGAAAUAAAAUGAAAUGAAACGGGGUUUAACGUCAUACUGUUCUGCUCCGAACUGGGCUAAGGAAGACCGGCAUACGCCUUACAGUGUGCUAUGAGGGAAAUUUUGCCCAGACAGCGGCACUACGGCCUACUCUUUUACGUGCACACCAAUGUGUACACAGGACCUCAGUUUUCCGUACUAUCCGAACGACUAGACAGACUUUUGGAAAAAGCUUUGUGAAAGGAUAUGUGGUAAUAUAUCCAGGAUAGGUUCCUUUUAUAAAAUAUGUGUUAGAGCAAUAAAAUGCAAUAAAUAAUGAUAUAUAUUACCUAGUUCUUAUUAAACAAGUAACCAUCUUAGAAUGCCAACUAAAACCACCAUUUAACUCACAUUCAACAGGAACAGAUAACUCGCUUUGUUUUUUGUACAACAAAAAUAAUUUAUACCAAUGUGGAGCAUAAGAAGCAUCUAAUCCAAUUAAUCUCUGUAAUGUUUCAACCCGAUCUGAAAAAGCCCCCAGAAUUGGACAAUCAUCAUUAUUUAUUUUUGUUUUGUCGAGGGAGGUUACACUGAUAAUUAUGAAAGUACUAAUUAAAAAACAAGCCAACAGCGAGGCUGAUGUUACCCACCCCAGUCCCAAAUUAAAACUUAGAUGACACAUAUUAUUUAAUUGAACAUUUAUCUUUUUUGUAAAGAAUCAAGCGUUCAAGACAUUCACCUAAUAAACACCUACACCAAGUUUGAACAUUCUACCUCAAUUAGAGUUAUUGCGUCCCAAAAAGUGUGAUUGACAGAGAGACAGACCAAGGAACCCAAUUUAGUAGACCCUGGCUUUAUUUGAAGGGUGGGGGACAAUUACAUCUAUUGUAUAUUCAAUAGAUGGGUUUAUUUAGGAGAGAUCCAACUGGGUUGUUCCCGGCUCAGUAAUAUUUAUCAAUAACAUGUGACCUAAAUUAGAUACUAGGUCAAUUAUGUAGCCUAGAUCAUCACAAUAUAUAACUUAUAGGAAAAGAGAGUUAUCUCUCUUGUUCAGCCUAGUUGAUAACCCAGGGGGCGGCAUAGAUCUUCCUCUUGAAACUCUUUAUGGAAAGUAAAAGGUGGUUCAAUUUUCCAAGUUAAAAAAUUUAAAUUUACAACAAAAUUGUAAUUCAUCAAAUCUAAGAUUCUUCCAAAACCCUCCCAACCCAGCCCUCUUAUUUUUCUUUACUCGUAAUUAAACAUUUUACUGCUGAGAAUGUUUUUCUAUAUUUUCAGGCUACAUAUAGGCCUACUGCAAGUAGGCCUACUUGACAGGUUUCACUGUGACUAAAUGGAAGUGGAUACUAGAAAAGGGAAUUAACUUGAGGGAUUUGAACAAAAUUGCUCAAGACGAGAACAAGUAGUGUCAGGUCACCCCGGUAUGGCUGAAGUGAAGUGGUAUGUAAUGGCGUAUAACAAGCAACACAAUUAGAAAACUUUCCUGGCUUGAUUCCCUGAUUCUCAGGAUCACGUCAAAGUGAUUCCCUCUCACGCCUCAGGAUCACUUAACUGUGUAUAUAUGUUAAUGUGUUCAAAUUGGUAAUUGUUGGUGUUUUAGUGUUUGGAAUUUAAAAUUUGGUAUGCUAUGAAGGCUUCAGCAUUUAUGGAUGGACACAUGGUUAUGGACAUGGGACACGCCAAACUAGUUUAACUGCUGUCAAACAUAAUAACAAUUUAACUCGCUCAGCUGUGCCAUAUCAUUGCCAAUAAAUUCAAUUUUAAUUCAA